UCGGAUCGAUCGAUGGGAGUGCCCGCAUUAUAUCGCUGGCUCACGCGGCGCUAUCCCUUGAUCGUUGCCGAUGCUGUGGAGGAUGAUUUGGCGGCCCUUUCUGGCGGAUUGGAGUAUGACAAUUUCUAUCUUGACAUGAAUGGGAUCGUGCAUUUGUGUUUUCAUCCAGAAGGCAAGCCAGCUCCUUUGUCGUAUGAUGAAGUGUUCCAUUGCAUUUUCCAGUGCAUCGAUCGUCUUGUCGCAAUCGUUCGGCCCAGGAAACUUUUGUACAUGGCAAUUGAUGGUGUUGCUCCGCGGGCUAAGAUGAAUCAACAACGAUCGAGGCGGUUUAGAGCUGCAAAAGAAGCUCUUGAGGUCCAGAAGAGAGGAGAAACGUCAGAUUCGAAUGUUAUCACACCUGGGACGGAAUUCAUGGCUUUACUUUCUGAUGCAUUGAGUCAAUAUGUGCAACUGCGUUUAAGCGAAAGUCCUGGUUGGCAAAGGAUGAAAGUUAUAUUAUCCGAUGCUAAUGUUCCGGGUGAAGGCGAACAUAAAAUAUUUAAUUUCAUUCGCAUGCAAAGAAAUCUUCCUGGCUUCGACCCAAACACUCGGCACUGCCUCUAUGGCCUGGACGCUGACUUGAUUAUGCUAGCGCUUGCUACACAUGAAGUGCACUUCUCUAUUUUACGCGAGGUGCCAUGUCCUAGAAAGUGCUACCUCUGUGGCGAAGUUGGACAUAUUGCUAAACAUUGUGAUGGAACACAGAAAAGUACACUUGAAGAGACGGAAGAUGUUUCGUAUCAAUUCCUUCACAUUUGGCUCCUUCGAGAGUAUUUGGAACUUGAACUCAAGAUAGCAGAUGCAGAUUUUGAGCGCAUAGUGGACGAUUUUGUUUUCAUUUGUUUUUUUGUUGGCAACGAUUUUCUUCCGGGUUUACCAACACUAGACAUUCGACAAGGAGCAAUCGGCAUGCUUUUAAGUGUUUACAAGCGAGAAUUCACUAAUAUGAACGGGUAUUUGACGGAAAAUGGCGAGGUGAACUUGAGAAGCCUUGAGUACUUUCUUGAGAUGCUCGGCCAGAUUGAGGACGGUAUAAUCCAAAAGCAGUUUCAGAAAGUAAUGGUUUUUUUUUUCAAUUAUAAUCUCGGGGUUGUCCAACAUUUUUCCCGCUUGACGAGAAGAAGAACGUUUCAAGCGUCACUUGUCCUGCGGACUUAUUUUAGUAGUAUCUUAGAGAACUCUCAUUUUGCGCUUUCCGUGUUCAGGCGCAAAAGUACACCGAGGGAUUAUGCUGGAUAUUGCAUUAUUAUUACAGAGGAGUACUACCCCUACCAUUAUGCUCCUUUUGCAUCGGAUUUAGCAGGACUUGGUGCUAUAGAAGUCUGUUUUGAGGCUGGCAAGCCAUUGAAACCUUUUGAUAUGCUUAUGGGCGUUUUACCCGCAUCAAGUGCAUGGGCUUUACCUGAGUAUUACCGGUUGUUGAUGACAAAUCCAGCGUCACCUUUGAUAGAUUUUUAUCCUGAAGAAUUUGUUGUUGAUAUGAACGGAAAACAAUACCCAUGGCAGGGUGUUGUAAAACUACCAUUCAUCAACGUAGAGCGUCUUCUUGUAGAAACGAGAAAGCUAGAAGGGACGCUUUCGGCGUCAGAGAUCAAAAGAAACAGCAUAGACCAGGAGUUAUUGUUCCUCUGCUGUCACCAACCUCUUGCUACAUACAUAUACGCUUGCGUCGAGGACACGGAGGGAAUCUGCGCAAUAAAUCCAAUAAUCAGCGAAGGCUUAAAUGGAUUCCUCACUUUGAAUCGAGGAGCUGCUGUACCACACAACGUUCUCUGCGUAAACUACAUAUGCCCCUCAAAUCAUCCUCAUAUUCCAAGCCUUCCCGACGGGGUUAUACUCCCUGCAAAGAGCAUUGUUGAUCGAGACUUUCGAAGGCAUUCUCAUCGCGGGCGACAAAGAAGCACCUCGAGCGGAAGCUCCGAUCCAUACCGCGAACACGGUAGUCCCUCUGGAAGGUGGAGAGGGAGACGAAGUAGUCACAGCAGAACUAGGAGCGCCGAUAGUCACGAGAGUUAGUAGACGAACGCUGGGUGUCAAAUUCCAACGGUUGGGAUUUUCUUUAAUCUUAUGGAUAGUUAUUGCAAUCCAACGGUUUAACUGGGACUAAGAUUUAGGGUU